GUGUUGUUUCUAUAUAGUGAACCGAAGGCGGGAAGUCAGUUUGAAACACAGUUUCUGGAAUUGUCUGCGUGGUACAGGAGAAUUAUAACGAAAUUAUGGCUGGAGGAAAAGCUGGUAAGGAUUCGGGCAAGGCGAAGGCUAAGGCGGUUUCGCGCUCACAAAGGGCAGGACUGCAGUUCCCUGUCGGCCGUAUUCACAGACAUUUAAAGUCAAGAACAACAAGCCAUGGGCGCGUAGGUGCUACUGCAGCUGUUUAUAGUGCUGCUAUUUUGGAGUACCUGACUGCUGAGGUCCUCGAGUUGGCAGGAAAUGCAUCCAAGGAUCUGAAGGUAAAGCGUAUCACUCCACGUCAUUUGCAGCUUGCCAUCAGAGGUGACGAGGAGCUGGACUCUCUAAUCAAAGCAACCAUUGCUGGUGGUGGUGUCAUUCCACACAUUCACAAAUCUCUGAUUGGAAAGAAAGGACAACAGAAGACUGUGUAAACAUUGAUAUGUAUGUGUUGUGUCUCAGGACUCGCUCUGAAUGAAAUCAGCUGUGUUUUUGUGUAGUUUUAGUUUCAUGACCCUGUGUUAAUCUUUGCAUUUACUCAAUUCUGGGGUAUUUCUUUUAAAACAAACAUGGCUUCAAAGAAGCCAAUUUUUAUUUUUGACUUUAAAUUGUAGUGUACUUAUGCAUUUUAAUUGGUCAUGUGCUAAAGAGUUAGUGGGUUUUAUUGAAAUAAAUCUUGGUGCACUAUAUUAACCACUGUUGGCCCUUUUAUUUAGUCAAGCAGCUUAUUGCUCCUGCUAUCUCGCCAUGGUCACAUCUGGCUCUGUGUGAAUGUAUUUGUAUCUUGUCAUUAGAGUAAAUGUAGUAACUAUGAUUUACCUAAUGUGUUUAAAAUGUUGAUAUAAUUACAAUCCAAUCUAUACCAUGACCUCAAGUAAUAUAGUGAAGUAAAUUUAGCCUUUUUUUUUUAAAUACCAACCAUUUUAUCUGGUUUACCUGGAUUUAUUAUUGUGCAAGAUUGUACAAGGCUCAAUCUGCAAUCAUAUCCGUGAGCCUUAAAACCAAUACAAAUAUCAACAUAAUUUUAUUUCACAUAAGAUCAGUAAUUUCCUGUGAACAAUGCUGGGUCAAUGGAUACUUUACAAAUUUACAUGAAUGGGUAAGUAGUGUAAGCAUCUUCAGCUGUAAAGGAUCAAGUUAAAGGGCUGAUUGUGCAAACAAACUUGUAAAUGUGUUUAGUGAUGUGUAUGCACACCUAUUUAGAAUUUUUGAAGUCAUUUUUGAAAAUAAAAGCACUUCGUUUAACAAA